AUGAUUGUCGCCGGACCUCAUAACCUUUACACCCUUGCAGAGGGUGCCCCUGCUCCCCGAAAUGACACCAGUGUCCAAGUCCGCAAUAAGCAAGGCGGCGGUCUCGUUCUUCUCCAAGAUACCCAGUUGAUUGAGACCCUAGCCCACUUCUCCCGCGAGAGAAUCCCAGAAAGAGUCGUCCAUGCCAAAGCUGCCGGCGCUCGAGGCUAUUUCCAAGUCACUCACGACAUCUCCGACAUCACUGAUGCAGAUUUCCUCAAUGCGAUUGGCAAAAAGACAGAGGUCGUGACCCGAAUCUCCACCGUCGGCCCUGAGUCUGGUUCUGCCGACACCAUACGCGACUUCCAUGGUUGGGCUAUCAAGUUCAAGACUGCCGAGGGGAAUAAUGACUGGGUCUUCAACAAUCAGCCCGUCUUCUUCGUCCGAGACCCCAUCAAAUUCCCCUCUCUAAACCGUUCUCACAAGAGACAUCCUGCCACACACACUUCGGACGCAGACAUGUUCUGGGACUUCCACGUCGGCUCCCCUGAAUCUGUUCAUGCUUUGAUGUUCCUCUUCAGCGACCGAGGUACUCCCGCGACUUUGCGCGGUAUCAACGGAUAUAGUGGCCAUACCUAUAAAUUUACCAAGAAGGAUGGCUCCUUUCACUAUGUCAAAAUUCACAUCCACGCUGACGGAGGUGUCAAGAACCUGACGAACGAAGAGGCUAUCCGGCUCGCUGGCGAGAGCCCCGACUAUUUGACAAAUGACCUUUACAACGAGAUUGAGAAAGGCAAUUAUCCUUCUUAUACAGUCUCCAUCCAGACCAUCCACCCAGCCGAUGUUGCCAUGUGCCCGGUCAAUAUUUUCGACAUGACCAAGGUGUGGCCUCAUGAGCAAUACCCUCUCCGGCCCGUCGGCAAGCUUGUCUUUGACACUAAUCCCGUCAACUACUUCGCCGAGGUUGAACAGGCUGCCUUUUCACCAUCGACCCUGGUACCAGGUAUUGAACCCAGCGCCGAUCCCAUGCUUCAGGCUCGUAUGUUCGCCUAUCCCGACGCUGCCCGCUACAGGUUAGGUGUGAACUACCAAAUGUUGCCCACAAACGCCCCCAAGGUCCCAGUCUACAUUCCCACCGAGCGUGAUGGCUUCAUGAACUUCAGUGCCAAUUACGGGCCCGACCCCAACUACCUGAACAGCUCCAUCCACCCUACGGGUUUCCACACCACCGGCGUGUCGGAUUAUAAGCCGACCGAGGAGUCGCUGAGUGGCCCUGUCGUCUUCACCUCGGAGAUCACGGAUGAAGACUUCAAGCAGCCUCGCGCCUUGUGGAACAAGGUGAUGGCCAAGGAGGAUGGCGCGCAGGAACGCUUCAUCUCCAACAUCGCAGGCAACAUUGCUGGCGUCAAGAGGGACUGGUUGCGCGAGAAGGUCUUUGAACUCUUCCGCCGUGUAGAUGAAUCCCUCGGCGAUCGCAUUGAGGAGGCCGUAAACAAGAUGGUCAAGGCAUGA